AUGGUGGUGGUGGUGAUGGUGGUGGUGUUGGUGGUGGUAGUGGCAGCGAAGGUGGCGGAGGCAGCGGAGGCGGCCGAGGCGACGGCGGUGGUGACGGUGGUGGUGGUGGCGGCGGCGGUGGCGUUGGGGGUGGUGGUAGUGGUGGAGGUGGUGGUGGCGGCGGCGAUGGCAGCGACGGUGAUGGUGGUGGUUGUUACUGGUGGUUGUGGUGGCGGUGGUGGUGGUGGUGGUUGUCAUGCCGGCGACGGUGGUGGUGGUUGUGGUGGGGGUGGUGGUGUUAGUGGUUGUGAGGAUGGUGCUGGUGGUGGCGGCGGCGGCAACGGUGGUGGUUGUUAUGGUCGUGGUGAUGGUGGUGGUGGUUGUGGGGGUGGUGGUGGGGGUGGUCGUGGAGGUGUUAGUGGUGGUGUGGGUGGUGCUGGUGGUGGCGGAUACAACGGUGGUAGUGGUGCUGGAGGUGGUGACGAUGGUGCUGGAAAUGUUUUAAAGUCUUG